AUGUUUCGCGUUUCCUUGACGCUGCUUGGUCAUGGACAAUACAAGACCCGUCUAAAGAAGCGCAUGGUUGGCUUCAUUCCCAAGGUAAUUCCGCGGAAGAUUCGCAACAACAUGGUAGCGCUGCGUAGCGAGGCAAACACGGGGCACAUGGAGGGGUACCUCAAGACCGAAGCGGAGCGGCUUGAUGCUACAGGGCGAAAGCUACAGAAGGUGAUGUGGGACCCCGUACUGCAGCGCUAUACGUUGAUGAAGGAGACGAAGGUGCGCGGCCCAUUCCUCACAAAGAGCAACAUCGCCCGCAAAGUGGACUUUCCCAUUGGUGCACUGUACGGCCUCAAGGCCGAGGGUAAAAAGUAG